UUCUCUCAGCUGCGCUUUCCCCUUCUAUCUUCUCUGACUUCGCAGUCUGGCUUCUAGAUGUGUUUGGGGAGGAUGGGUGCUUCUUCUCCGAGGAGCCUGGAACCUCUCGGGCCGCCAGUCCUCUAUCUCUCCUGCUCGCGAGGAGCCCUCCUGGCGGUCCUGGUGCUGCUCGCGCUGCCGGUGGCCUGGGGUCAAUGCAAGACCCCAGAAUGGUUUCCGUUUGCUAAGCCUGUAAACCUGACUGAUGAGCCUGAGUUUCCCAUUGGGACAUAUUUGAAGUAUGAAUGCUACCCUGGAUACUACAGGAGGCCGUUGCCGCCACUCAUUUGCUUAGGAAACUCGACCUGGUCAAGCAUAGAAAACGUCUGUAAACGUAAAUCAUGUAGACCUCCUCCAGAUCCAGUUAAUGGCAUCGUGCAUGUGAACACAGGCAUCCAGUUUGGAUCAACUGUUAAUUAUUCUUGUAAUGAUGGGUUCCGACUCAUUGGUCACUCCUCUAAUACAUGUAUCGUCUCAGGCCACACUGUCCUGUGGGAGAAGGAGGCACCUAUUUGUGAGCGCAUUCCCUGUGGGCCACCCCCAGCCAUUGCCAAUGGACACUUCUAUAGCAAUGGGAGAGAAUAUUUUCAGUAUGGAAUGGUGGUGACCUACCGCUGUAAUUCUGAAAAAAUUGGGAAGAAGCAGUUUAACCUUGUUGGCGAGGCAUCGAUACACUGUACCAGCAAAGAUAAUCGAGUUGGCAUCUGGAGCGGCCCUCCACCUCAGUGUAUUCCACCCCCUAAUACGUGCACACCUCCAAAUGUCGAAAAUGGAGUAAUGGUAUCUAGGGGUAAAAACUUGUAUGACUUAUAUGAGUCUGUGAAGUUCAAAUGUAAGCCUGGCUUUGUAAUGGAAGGACCCGACAGUAUGCACUGCGAGGCCCAAAACAAAUGGGCACCGCGGUUACCAAGCUGUUCCAGGGUGUGUCAGCCACCUCCAGAAAUCCCGCAUGGUAAGCAUACCCCAAGUGACAAGGCCACCUUUUCCUCUGGGGAGGAUGUCUUCUACAGCUGUGAGCCUGGCUAUGAUCUCAGAGGAGCUGCUUCGCUGCGCUGUACACCCCAGGGAGACUGGAGCCCUGCAGCCCCCAGAUGUGAAGUGAAAUCAUGUGAUGACAUCCUGGACCAACUCCCUAAUGGCCGUGUACUCUCUCCCCAUGGUCGACAGCUUGGGGCACAAGUGUCCUUCGUUUGUGAUGAGGGGUUCCUUUUAAAGGGCAGCUCUGUUAGCUAUUGUGUCUUGGUCGGAAUAAAAGGCCUUUGGAAUAACAGCAUUCCUCUGUGUGAACAAAUCUUUUGUCCAAAUCCUCCGGCUAUCCUUAAUGGGAAACACACAGGAAGUCGUCUGGGAAACAUUCCCUACGGAAAAGAAAUAUCUUACAUAUGUGACCACAACCCAGACAGAGGGAUGACCUACAGCCUCAUUGGAGAGAGCACUAUCCGCUGCACAAGUGACAACCGAGGGAACGGGAUUUGGAGCAGCCCUCCCCCUCGCUGUGAACUUUCUGGACCUACUGGUCACUGUCAAACCCCAAAACAAUUCCCAUUUGCCAAGCCUACAACUCCGAUUGAUGAGUCUGAGUUUCCAAUUGGGACAUAUUUGGAUUACAAAUGCCUCCCUGGGUACUCUGGGAGCUUGUUCUCUAUCACCUGCCUAGAAAACUUGGCCUGGUCAAGUGCUGAAGAUGCCUGUAAAAGAAAAUCAUGUGGAUAUCCUCCAAAACCCUCCAAUGGAAUGGUGCUUAUAAACACAGACAUCCAGUUUGGAUCAACUAUUAAUUAUUCUUGUAAUGAAGGGUAUCAACUCAUUGGUUCCUCGUCUGCUGCUUGUCUUCUCGUCUCAGGCAAUGAUGUCAUGUGGGAUAAGGAGGCACCUAUUUGUGAGAGCAUAUCUUGUGAGCCGCCUGCAACCAUAGCGCAUGGAUACUUCAACAGCAGCAAUAGAAAACUUUUUCAGUAUGGAACAGUUGUAACUUACUAUUGUCACACUGGGCCAUCUGGAGAAAAGCUGUUUGACCUGGUGGGAGAAACAUCAAUAUACUGUACCAGCAAGGAUGAUCAACUUGGAGUUUGGAGCGGCCCCCCUCCUCGGUGUAUUCCUAACGAAUGCACAGCUCCAGAAGUUGAAAAUGGAAUUCAAGAAUCAGGCAAUAGGAGGUUUUUUUCCUUAAAUGAGAUUGUGAGGUUUAGAUGUCAGCCCGGCUUUGUCAUGAGUGGGUCCAGGAGUGUGCAAUGCCAGGCCAACAACAGAUGGGUGCCUGAGUUGCCUACCUGCUCCAGGGUGUGUCAGCCACCUCCAGAAAUCCUGCAUGGUAAAUAUUCCUCAAGUGACAAGAAUGACUUUUUCCCCGGGGAGGACGUCUUCUACAGCUGUGAGCCUGGCUACGAUCUCAGAGGAGCUGCUUCUCUGCGCUGUAUGCCCCAGGGAGACUGGAGCCCUGCACCCCCAAGAUGUGAAGUGAAAGCGUGUGAUGACAUCCUGGACCAACUCCCUAAUGGCCAUGUACUCUCUCCCCAUAGUCCACAGCUUGGGGCAAAAGUGUUCUUCAUUUGCAAUGAGGGGUUCCGACUAAAAGGCAGUUCUGUUAAUCACUGUGUCUUGGUUGGAAAGAAAAGUCUUUGGAAUGGCAGUGUUCCUGUCUGUGAACAAAUCUUUUGUCCAAAUCCUCCGGCUAUCCUUAAUGGAAAUCACACAGGAAAUCUUCUGGGAAACAUUCCCUAUGGAAAAGAAAUAUCUUACGCAUGUGUUCCCGACCCAGACAGAGGGAUGACCUACAGCCUCAUUGGAGGGAGCACCAUCCGCUGCAUAAGUGACAACCAAGGGAAUGGGAUUUGGAGUGGCCCCGCCCCUCGCUGUGAACUUUCUGGUCCUGCUGUGUGCCCACCUCCACCCAAGAUCUAUAACGGGCAUCAUAUUGGAGGACAUGCAUCUUCAUAUCUCCCUGGGAUGACAGUCAACUACAGUUGUGACCCAGGCUACCUGUUGCUGGGAAAGCCCUUCAUUUUCUGUACAUACCAGGGAACCUGGAGCCAACUUGGUCAUUUUUGCAAAGAGGUAAAAUGUAGCCUCCCAUACUUUAUGAAUGGAAUCCGGAAGGAGCUGAAUUACAAAAAAAUUUAUCACUAUGGAGAUAAUGUUACUUUGGAAUGUGAAUAUGGGUAUACUCUGGAAGGCAGUCCCCAGAGCCAGUGCCAGGAUGAUGAAAGAUGGGAUCCUCCUCUGGCCAUGUGUACCUCAAGCACACGUGACGUUCUCGUAGUUGGUAUUUUCUUUGGUACGUUCUUCUUUGUUUUAUCCAUGGUUGUUCCCUGCUGGAUAUUUCUCAUGCGCAAAAAAUGCAAUAAUACAAAGGAAAAGUCUAAAGAAGCGAUUUUCCAGUUAAGUCCUCACGAAGGCAGCCAUGUUCAUCCUCAACCUCUGCAACCAAAUCAGGAAAAUAGCAGGUCCACUGAUUCAGCUCAGAACUCAUUCACCCAAGAAGUCGUCUUGAACGUCUCCAGCCCAAAGUGACAUCUCUGGAACUCACUGCAUUUCCUGACUAUGCCAUUUUUAAAAUAAACUAUUUUCUUGUAAAAGGAAUAUGUGCUCACUGAAAACAGAAACUAUAAAUACAAAAAAUAGAAAAAUGGCCUAUAAUAACUUCUGCAGGGUGGUUAAUAGUAAGUUUCUUUGACUAUUAUUUUACAUUUGCAGGAUUGUACCUUGAGAUUAUAUUAACUGUACAAUAUUGUAUCUUGCUUUUUUCACAAAUGACAGCCAUUUUCAGCCAUUAAAAAACUCUGUAUAAUAAACACA